GAAAUGUCUUGCUACGACCUGUGCCCCACCUCCAGCGGCAUCGCCGUCCCUCAGCCCAUCGCCAACAGCUGCAACGAGCCGUGUGUGCGCCAGUGCCCCGACUCCACCGCCCUGAUCCAGCCCCCUCCUGUUGUUGUCACCUUCCCUGGCCCCAUCCUCAGCUCCUUCCCUCAGCAAGCCGUGGUGGGAUCCUCCGGAGCACCCACUUUCGGGGGUUCUACAGGGCUGGGGGGUCUCUACAAUGCUGGAAGCCUCUAUGGUUAUGGGGGCUCUCUGGGAUAUGGGGCCCAGUAUGGAUACGGGAGCCCAGCCCUCCCUACCCUUGGCAGUGGGUUCUGCGGCCCCUACCCGUCCCGCCGCUCCAGCCGCUUCCUCCGCAGCAGCUGUGGGCCCUGCUAA